CGGAUAGGAAUACCCGGUCAUCGGCGUCCUGUCUGCCUGUCCUCGUAGCCUUGUGUUCAAGCGCUGACAUUUUUAUCAAGAGAGUUCUGACCGUUUCCUGCGGGUUCUAGAACGAGUACAUAAAUGUCACAGUACUAAAGAUUUAGGAAUUUAGGACCCUCGUACUUCUUUCAUUAAACCUGCCACAGCCUAGUGGUAGGCCAUUUGGUUCUUUUCUUCUGCAUGUUAGAACUGACAUAAUCCAGUGCGGCACGGUGGCUGUAUCGUUAUUAACGCCAAUAAAAGGAAUUCUUUGCGAGUGACGACACAUGCAGGGCAUCUCGUGAUAUUCACUCAUCACUUUCUCAUCCCAUCAGCAUCGAGCUAUUUGAGUUAUGGUCCUUGCCACUAGCGGGAAGAAAUCUCUCUUCGCAACCCAAACGACUUUCAACAUUGAAUCAACCAUUAAAUAAACGAAAACAUAUACAUGUCGUCUGGUGGCGAAGAUCGUCCACGGAAGAACAGUUCGUCAUCACAAAGCACCGGACCAAGCCAGCCAAGCGGGGAGAGGCGCCCCAACACGAUCGAGUUUGUCGACAGCCAGGACCCCAACGUAAGGAGUGCGAUUCAGAGGCACACGGCAUACCAUUCUGCAGCACAGAGACGAGAUGCUCGAACGAGAUAUCUUCAGCGACCAGGGCAGAGUCGAUUCCUGCCGUGGGGAAGGCGACCGGCGAGAGGCCGCUCUGAGCAGCCAACAUCCUCCGCCAGCAGUGUCAGCUCCUUGUCGAUUUCCCCUGUACCCUCAAUCGAAAGACCUGCCGAUCAAAGCCGAAGCUCUAGCAAUCCACUUGACCAGGAUUCGCAGGCAUCGAACAGUCGAUCAGCGUCGUUGCCGGACACCGACACCACUCUAUCGGUCUCGGUGUCGACUAACAAUGUACGAGACGAAGCUGUUCUCGAGUUCUGUAAGUGCAAUACAGGCAUCAAACUCUCCCCAAGCCGUACGACUCAACUCCAGCCAAUCCAUGGAAGACGUUCACUAAUUUGUUCAUUAACUCCAGGGGCGACAACACACUGCCAGCACAAUCGCCGACUACCCUUGCUAGAUGGCGCACUGGCAUAUAUGCAAGAACACGAGGCGUCCAGAAGCCUCCUCCUGGCUUACGCAUACGCAAUGCGGUGGAAACUGUACAGCAGCCCGGAGACUGUGCAGGAUCAAGUCGAUGCGCAGGCCAACCUCGGCCGAGGAACCAAUCUUCUCUGGAACCAACUACGAGUGUCCGGAACCAUUAGCCCGGAUCCCGUCAUUCAAACCGUCCUAUUGUUGAUCGCAUACACGGCAGAUUUCGGCCAAGUCAGCGAGGUGCAGAUCCAUGUUGAUGCUUUACGGACCAUGGUCGCCCAAAGAGGCGGUAUCGGUAGCUUUGGGCACAAUUCGAUACUUCAACAACAACUGUGGGGGAUUGGAACCUCACGCACAUUUCAUAUUACAUUUGGGUGCGAGGCUGGGUGUACAAGUCCGCUGCGAUUUCCCGCCGGAUUGAGUUUAUGAUGUUAUGAAUACAACUGGCACGGAUCAGGUAACCGGUGUAUACUGUUAGAGGCUUCGCUAGAGUCUGGAGCCUCCUGUCUAUGCAUAGAGGUGAGGGGAUUAUGGAAAAAGCAUUCGGACUAUGAAAAGAGAUGUACAAUAUGUGAUUGAAAGGAUGGGCAAAAUGGCUUGACGUUGAUAUCCAUGGCAGUGCCAGGUUUGCGCCACCUCAUAUGUGGUGAUUGCAAAUGGAAGGUUGGAUACUUGGGCUGGGUCCCAAGGUCGUCCAUUUCCAUUAAUUGACCAAAUUGUGGUUUA